AUGGCUGUCGACACUUCUAAUGACACUCAAGGUCUUGUAAGCCCUCUACAUGUCAGCGCGGCCAUCAUAGUGGCGCUUCUGACUGCCCUUCUGUGGCGACUCUACAAUGACCCCCUCGAUCACAUCCCAGGCCCUCUCAUCGCCCAAUCCACCCCGACCUGGCUAUGGUGGCUCACCUGGACAGGAGUUGAAUGCCGCGUCGUUGACGGGCUGCACAAGAAAUAUGAUCCAGUUACCAUCUUCUCAGCCCUGGACCCGGCUCAUCGGGCGCCGAGGGCGAAAGCCGUGGCGCCCAUGUUUGCCCAUCAACGAAUUGCAAAAGGCAAACCGGAUGCUGACAAGGUUCUCGAUGCUUUUGUGGCUGAGAUGAAACGCAGGAAGGCUGAGGCAAACGGUGCCCCAUUCAACGGCAUCGACAAAGGUCGACUCUGCGUCACUGAGUUCAUCAAUAACUUCAUCGCUGGAGGUCGCAUUUUCUACGUGCCUGGCUGGCUCUAUGACUUUGUCAACGAGUGGGCUGCGAAGCUUGACAAGAAAAAGAUCGUCGUCGCACAGAGUCGAUCAUUGGCUGCUGGUAUCUCGCGUGACGAGGCUAUAGCCCACGUUGUUGGUGUCAUGUUUGCUGGUACCGGCGCUGCGGGAACGACGAUGUCGAUACUAUGCUGGAACUUAGCUCAACAUCCCGAGAAUCUACGUCUCGCCAUGGCUAAUCCAACUCGUUUCCGUCACAUCGUCCCUCCUAGUGGAAUGCAACUUCCUGGUCUGCCCAACAUCCCAGCUGGUACCAGCGUCGGCGCCGGAGCAUUCAUGCUGCAUCAUAAUCCCGAGGCCUUUCCAAACCCACGUGAGUUCAUGCCGGAGCGAUGGCUGAGUCCAUCUCAGGAGAUAUUGCGUGACAGCUUUUACUUCGGAGCCAGGUCACGACAGUGCAUCGCGCGGAAUCUUGCAUCUGCUGGACUUUGGCGGGCCGCUGAGGCUUUGGCACUAAGCGAUGUACUUCGAGGUGCAAUGGUCGUUCAGGACAAAACUGAGAUUGUCGAGUGGUUCAAUGCAAAGAUCGUUGACAAGAAAAUCGAGGUGCAUUGGUGA